CGAGCCUGAGCCUGAGCCUGAGCCUGAGCUGGCGACUGGGGCUCUCUCCCGGAUUCUCCCCGCUUCCAGUUCCUUCCUAGACUCCCAGCCUUCUCCUCUUCUCGCCGGGCCCAGCUGCUACAGACUCUCCGGUCUCUCCGCCGGCUUCCGCUACCUCGACAACCUCCCCUCUUCUCUCCGUCCUCUGUCUCAUUUCCACGACCUCCUAUGACCGCCAUACCAUCCCCACCGCGGCGUCCAACAUCACGGUAUCCGUCUUGCGGAGUCGCGUAAAACCCGCAUUCCAGAAGUCAUCAAGCAGCAAAAUGAGCGGUCCUGCACAUGCCAGCUACGUUCUUCCCUUACUCUUCCUCUUCUCUGCACUGGGAGCAGCCGAUGCCUCCUCUCGCUGCUCUAAUAACCAAGGUUCCUCAUUGGUCAGAAAUAUAGGUGAUAUGCCUCAAAGUAACUUUGGGAGAGGGGGUUUGGCACACAUAACCAUUGCAGGUGCUCUUUCACAUGGAAUGAAAGAGGUGGAGAUUUGGCUUCAGACUUUUGCUCCAGGCACACGGACACCAAUCCACAGACACUCCUGUGAAGAGGUAUUUGUUAUCUUAAAAGGGAGAGGCACUCUUUUGCUUGGCUCAAGCUCUCUUAACUAUCCAGGAAAGCCUCAGGAGUUUGCUAUCUAUUCAAAUAGCACAUUCUCUAUACCCAUGAAUGAUCCGCAUCAGGUUUGGAAUACUGAUGAGAAUGAAGAUUUGCAGAUGCUAGUUGUAAUAUCACGUCCACCUGUCAAAGUGUUCAUCUACAAUGACUGGAGCAUGCCCCAUACUGCAGCCAAAUUGAAAUUUCCUUACUAUUGGGAUGAGGAAUGUUUUUAUGAACCCAAGGAUGAGCUGUGAUUUCCACGCAUGAUGUCCUUUCUUGCAGUCACCUUGGUCUACUUGUUUGGUUCUCGACCUUUCACUUCUGUAUGAUGGUGUAAUGAUUUCAAUAAAAUUGAUUACAUGUGAUCAUUUUGGGCUUGAAACAAUGGUUGUAACAGAUUUACCUAACAGAUUUCAGGUUAUAAGGUGGUCCUUCUAUGGCAUAUUUCUGCUUUGUCUCA